UCUGUCUCAGGGCGUGCUGUGUGUUGUGAGCGAGGAGCAGAGCUCGUCAUGAGGCGGAACAGCGGCAGUCACGUGACGCGUCACACUCACGGGGGGUCAUCCAGUGUUUCCUCGAACAUACCUAAUAAUCAUGCCUACCACACAGCAGUCGCCCCAGGAUGAGCAGGAGAAGCUGUUGGAUGAAGCUGUGCAGGCAGUCAAGGUUCAGUCUUUUCAAAUGAAGCGUUGUCUGGACAAGAACAAGCUGAUGGAUGCACUGAAACAUGCCUCAAAUAUGUUGGGGGAGUUGAGGACUUCUAUGCUUUCUCCCAAGAGCUACUACGAACUCUACAUGGCCAUCUCUGAUGAGCUGCAUUACCUGGAGGUCUAUUUGACAGAUGAGUUCGCCAAAGGCCGCAAGGUUUCGGACCUCUAUGAGCUUGUUCAGUACGCUGGGAACAUCAUCCCUAGACUGUACCUACUGAUAACUGUCGGAGUGGUGUACAUUCGCUCUUUCCCCCAAUCCCGCAAAGACAUACUGAAGGACCUGGUGGAAAUGUGCCGUGGUGUGCAGCAUCCGCUCCGGGGCUUGUUCCUCAGGAACUACCUGCUGCAGUGUACACGCAACAUCCUGCCUGAUGAUGGAGAGCAGGCUGAGGAAGAGAUGACCGGGGACAUUAAUGACUCCAUUGACUUUGUACUGCUGAAUUUUGCCGAGAUGAAUAAACUGUGGGUGCGAAUGCAGCAUCAGGGACACAGUAGGGACCGAGAAAAGAGAGAGAAGGAGAGGCAAGAGCUGCGUAUCCUCGUAGGGACCAAUCUGGUCCGAUUGAGCCAGCUGGAAGGCGUCAAUGUGGAGAAGUACAAACAGAUCGUGUUGUCUGGGAUCUUGGAGCAGGUGGUGAACUGUAGAGACUCUCUAGCACAGGAAUACCUCAUGGAGUGCAUCAUACAGGUCUUUCCGGAUGAGUUCCACCUGCAGACACUGAACCCUUUCCUGCGCUCCUGUGCUGAUUUGUGCCAAAACGUGAACGUCAAGAACAUCAUCAUUGCCCUUAUUGACAGAUUGGCCUUGUUUGCUCACAGAGAAGAUGGACCUGGGAUCCCUGCUGAAAUCAAACUAUUUGAUAUUUUCUCUCAGCAAGUGGCAACCGUCAUACAGUCUCGUCAGGAUAUGCCAUCUGAAGAUGUUGUUUCGCUCCAAGUGUCUCUCAUCAAUCUGGCCAUAAAGUGCUAUCCUGAGCGUGUGGACUACGUGGAUAAAGUGUUGGGAAGUACUGUGGAGAUUUUCAACAAGCUCAACCUGGAGCACAUUUCCACCAGCAGUGCAGUGUCAAAGGAGUUGACCAGGCUGCUAAAGAUUCCCGUGGACACGUACAAUAACAUCCUCACCGUUCUCCAGCUCAAGCAUUUUCCACCACUGUUCGAGUACUUCGAUUAUGAGUCACGCAAAAGUAUGAGCUGCUACGUGCUGAGCAACAUUCUGGACUACAACACCACCAUAGUGGCCCAAGAUCAGGUUGACGCGAUCCUGAACCUGGUGUCUACACUGAUCCAGGACCAGCCAGAUCAGCCUGCUGAGGAUCCUGACCCAGAGGACUUUGCGGAGGAACAGAGCCUAGUUGGCCGCUUCAUUCAUCUGCUACAUUCAGACGACCCUGACCAGCAGUAUCUGAUAUUAAACACUGCCAGGAAACACUUUGGCGCUGGGGGGAACCAGAGAAUUCGUCACACUCUUCCCCCGCUGGUGUUCGCCGCUUAUCAACUGGCCUUCCGUUACAAAGAGAACUCCUCCUCGGAUGAUAAAUGGGAAAAGAAAUGUCAGAAGAUUUUCUCAUUCGCCCAUCAGACCAUCAGUGCUCUGAUCAAAGCAGAGCUGGCAGAAUUACCCCUGAGGCUCUUCCUCCAGGGGGCUCUGGCGGCUGGAGAGAUUGGCUUUGAAAACCAUGAAACCGUUGCCUACGAGUUUAUGUCUCAGGCGUUCUCCCUGUAUGAAGAUGAGAUAAGCGACUCCAAGGCUCAGCUGGCCGCCAUUACGCUGAUCAUUGGCACGUUCGAGCGCACGCGGUGCUUUAGCGAAGAGAACCAUGAGCCCCUGCGUACCCAGUGUGCACUGGCUGCCUCCAAACUGCUGAAGAAACCCGACCAGUGCCGUGCGGUCAGCAUUUGUGCCCACCUUUUCUGGUCAGGACGCAACACUGAAAAGAAUGGAGAAGAGAUCCGUGAUGGGCGGAGGGUGAUGGAGUGCUUGAAGAAGGCUCUGAAGAUCGCGAACCAGUGCAUGGACCCGUCCUUACAAGUUCAGCUCUUCAUCGAGAUCCUCAACAGAUACAUCUGCUUCUAUGAGCGAGAGAAUGAUGCGGUGACGGUCCAGGUCCUGAAUCAGCUGAUCCAGAAGAUCCGUGAGGAUCUCCCGAACCUGGAGGCCAGCGAGGAGACGGAGCAGAUUAACAAACACUUCCACAACACACUGGAGCACCUGCGUCUGCAGAGAGAGUCGCCCGAGUCUGAGGGACCUGCUUACGAGGGGCUGGUGCUGUAGGAGCCUCACGCAUUUACAUUUAUAUUUGUGUACACACACGCAUAGAGAGAUAUAUGUAUAAGCCCACACGUGCACACCAGGGUAUUCCAGCCAGGGGAAAAAACGAAGCCAAACCCACCUGCCUCUCUACCCAUUCCUCUCACUGCUCAUACUUUCUGUCUGUUGUUUAUGUCCUCUGCCUGUCUUACUCUCUUCUUCAUUUUUCUAAUUUCAUGAGGCGUUUCCUUGUGAAGUCCUUAGAAAACAGUGUAUGCACUGCACUCCUGCUCUGCGCUUCCUUCAGACUACCAUUCCCUCUUGACACUAUUGUUGCCAUACAAAUGAGCAAGAAUAAAAUUAUAUAUAUGAGAAGGAGAGAGGAAAAAAACCGUUUUAGUGUUGCUACACCACUUUCAAGCCCCUCCAGCCAGCCAUGCAUUGUUCUGGUCUUCGUUUAGAGGACCUACACUUGAUUCUACUUAGUUCUUUCAGCAUUAAUAUUUCAAACACCAUGCUGAAUUAAAGGCAUUUGUGUAACUAAUGAAAAGUCUUGUCUCUCACCCUUUUACUUUACGGCAGACACUUUGGUGGAGUGAGACAUUGUGUUGACUAAUAUGUGGAAUGGGUGAACGUGUAUAGACUGUGUUAAUGAAUCGAAACCAUGUCAGAAACCUCUCUUGCAGCUCGUCUCCUUUUUUUGAAUUAUGAUUCCCCCUCCCUCUUAUACUGUAUGUAUAAUCUAAUUGUAAAUCAAUUACAACAAAAUAUCAUUGAUUUCAUGGCAUUUGCACAAAUAAAAGACAAAAAAAGACGAAUGAUAUUAACCCCACAUGCCUGUUGAAGUGUGAUUUUUAAUAUUAUUAAAGUCGCUAUGAAAACAA